UGUUGCAACAUUGAUAUAACAUUUUCUCCUUUUUCUUUUUCCAUUUUCAAUUUUCAAUCAUUGCAGAAACUCAAAGAAGAAUAAUCGAUCUCUCAUUUUCCGAUUAAACAAUCAAUGGAACCGUUAAACUCCGGCGACGAUAGAUUCUCCGACGCUGCCACGUCACCAUUCACCUUCACAACCGCCUCUUCCGCCUCCGUUUCCGGCCUUUCCAAGCCACGAUUCGUCAAGCUUCGUAAACACAACAAUGCCUCUGUUUUCAAUCGCGACGGUUCCGUCGCCAAUGCCGCCGUAACCGUCGUUGGAUCCGAUAAGGUUGAUUCCGCUUUGAAUUUUGAUAAACGGAUCAGUGAUCGGUUGAAGAAUCUCAAAAUCGGAACCGAGGGUUUCGGUAACGCUGCGAUUCCCGAAGCAAUGAUGAGCAAGUUGAAGAUUUCAACGGAAGGUUUUGAUAAGGUUCGUGUUGAAUCGGAGCUUGGGAACGAGUUGAAGAAGAAACUCAGCAUUGGAGAAAAUGAAGGAGGUAACAAUGUAGAGGAUUCGGCGAAUUCGGUUAUUCGACAAUUGAAUAAUUUGAAUGUGAAUGAUGGAAUGAAUAACAAGUUUAACCUAGUUGAUCAGAAUUUUGAACCUAAUUUAUGUAAUUCUUCUGCAAUGCCAUCGUCGGGUUUAGGUUCGGGUUCUGUGUUGUUUCAACCUUUUGAAGUGAAUAAAAAGGAUCAAUUUGUGUUUCAGAGUAAACCAGAAGCUUCGGGGGCGAAUUUUGUUGAGUUUAAAUCACAUGGGCCGAAGAUUGGUGGAAAAGAAGGGAAGCUGAAGGAGAAAACUGGGAAUAUGAGGAUGAAUAAAAGUAGGGUGAAUUUGAAGAAUUCUACACCGGCACCAGUGCAAAGAUGGAAUGGACAUGGUUUUGUUUUUAAAGGAAGUGUUUUGCAAGAAGAUCGUCCUCAAGGUUCAUCUGAGAGUUGUUCGCCAAUGGAGGUUUCUCCUUAUCAGGAAAAACUAGCUGAGAGUCGAACAUCGAGGGAAAGUUCUGUGAAUUCCAAUGAGUCACUUCGUGUUGACGCUGAAGAUUCUGUACCGAUGAAUUUUGUUGAUCACAUUGAUGAAGAUUUGAUUGGGGCGACUGAGAAAAUGAAUAUAAAUGAGAGUAGUGAAGUUGCGAGGGAAGAUAGAAAGGAGGGAAAAUCAGAGUGUGGUGUAAGUGAGGAUGUUUGUGUUGAGGAAGAGACAAAGGAUGAGUCAGUUUCUGGGGUUGAAACCGAAAGCUUUAAGUCUGCUAGUGAUAGUGUGGACGUAACUGAUGAUGCUGAAUCUGAAGCCCGUGAUGGUGAUAGAAUGUUGAAUUUUGGUUGUAAUUUUAAUUCAAGAAAUGAAAGUGUGAGUGGGUCUGGCUUCACCUUUGCAGCUGCUUCUUCUGCUGAAGCUCAUUUGUCUAGCCCAAAACGCCCUAACAAAAAGAAAACUUUUGUAAAUGUUGGUCAUGAUUCUUACAACUACGCGCCAAACAUGAAGGUUCCUUAUUCAUCACCAUCCGUGCCAUUUGCAACGCUUACUGGGAAGCCUAAUAUUGUGUCAGGGCAAGACAUAAAAGCCAGAGUGCCUUUUCCUCAACCGAAAACAAGGGUUUCUGGUGUGAAUGAGGAACACAAAUUAAGGGAGGAUUCUGCUUCUGUUUCUGCAGAAGCAUGUGAAAAGUGGCGCCUCCGAGGAAACCAAGCCUACAAGAACGGGGAUUUGUCUAUGGCUGAGAAUUAUUACAAACAAGGACUUGGUUGUGUACCUAAAGAACAACCAUCUCGGAGCUGUCUCAGGGCUUUGCUGCUAUGUUAUAGCAACCUGGCUGCCACACACAUGUCUCUUGGUAGGAUGAGAGAUGCAAUAGAAGAUUGUAGGCUGGCUGCUGAAAUAGAUCAAAAUUUUCUCAAGGUGCAACUUAGAGCUGCAAAUUGUUAUCUUGCUCUGGGAGAAGUUGAGGCUGCAUCACAAUAUUUCAAAAUGUGCUUGCAAUCAGGAGCUGAUGUUUCUGUAGAUCGAAAGAUUUCUGUGGAAGCCUCCGAUGGCUUACAAAAGGCACAGAAAGUAUCAGAUUCUAUUUAUCAUUCUGCUGAGCUUUUGCAAAGAAGAACAUCCUCUGAUGCAGAGAGGGCAUUGGAACAUAUUAAUGAGGCACUGAUGAUCAGUAUGCACUCCGAAAAAUUGCUUGAAAUGAAAGCAGAAGCUCUUUUAAUGCUGAGUAGAUAUGAGGAGGUGAUUCAUCAGUGUGAUAAGACUCUUAGUUCUGCUGAGAAGAAUGCUUGUCCAAUUGCUGCUGGUUGCCAAGUCACAUAUAUGGAUAUUUCAGAACUCUCAAAAGUUGUCUACUUCAGACUAUGGAGGUGUUCAAUGAUGCUUAAAGCUUACUUUUACCUAGGAAAGCUUGAAGAGGGUCUUUCUUUGCUGGAACAACAAGAAGAAAAGGUGUCUGCCAUAAACAAGAGUGGAAGCAAGGUUUUGGUUUCACUUAUACCACUAGCUGCCACUGUACGCGAGCUCUUGCAUCAUAAGACUGCAGGGAAUGAAGCAUAUCAGGCUGGAAGACACGCAGAAGCUGUUGAACACUACACAUCUGUUUUAUCUUGUAAUUUGGAGUCUCGUCCAUUUGCAGCUGUCUGUUAUUGUAAUCGUGCCGCUGCAUAUAAAGUGUUAGGUCAAAUAACUGAUGCAAUCGCAGAUUGCAGUCUGGCUAUAGCUCUGGAUGGGAAUUAUUUAAAGGCACUUUCUAGACGUGCAAGUCUGUAUGAGACGAUCAGAGAUUAUUCCCAAGCAGCCAGUGAUCUCAGGAGACUUCUCUCUCUUCUCAGUAAGGGUGUAGAGGAUAAUGCCAAUAAUAAAGGAACAUCUGAUAGAUCAAUUAAUUAUACCAAUGAUUUGAAACAAUAUCGCAUUCGGCUCUCCGAGCUAGAGGAAGAAGACAGAAAGGAGAUCCCUCUUGAUAUGUAUCUUAUUUUGGGAGUUGAACCAUCUGUUUCAAUAUCUGAAAUCAGGAAGGCAUAUCGCAAAGCUGCACUUAGACAUCAUCCUGACAAGGCUUGCCAAUCUUUAACAAAAAACGACCAUGGAGAUGAUGGGAUAUGGAAGGUUAUUGCUGAGGAAGUACAUAGAGAUGCUGAUAGGCUUUUCAAAAUAAUUGGGGAGGCAUAUGCUGUCCUGUCAGACACUGCAAAGCGGGCACGGUAUGAUGCAGAAGAAGAAAUGAGAAAUUCCCAAAAGCGACGCCCUGGAAGUAUGGGUAGAAAUAAUGCGGAGAAUCAGUAUCAGUAUUGCUCAUCUGAACAAUCCAAUAGAAGACAUUGGAGAGAGGUUUGGAGAUCAUACGGUAAUUCUGAAACUGGUCGACCAAGUAGGAAGUAACAAAGUUGCAUGGAAUGUUAAUCCAGUUAGGUUCUGGAUUGCAGUAUGAGUCGUGGUCGUGGAAUGUGACCUUGUUAAGUGGUGCUUUUAAUUUUUCUGCUGCAUUUGGCCUGCCAAACUUUUGCAGUUAAGUAAACUCGGCGCUGCAUUUAUUAAGCUAUUAUGCAGCUUCAAUCCUUUGAGUUUUGAAGAGGUGUGCAUGAGGUACCCGUUCUGCAAUCUAUGACAUAUCAGUUGGAGCAUCUAAGCUGGUCAAUGUUUUGGGUUGCUGGGAGAUGUAGAUUCUCUCUUGACAAGAUAAAGACAACAUGGUUGCAUUCGAUGAGCAUUCUAUCGUUUUUUUUUUGCUGACCGUUAACUUGAGCAAGGAGUUGGUGUGUUGGCUUGGCUGAUAACCAAACAUGUGAAAAGGAAGCUUGAAAUUUUUUGCAUUAUUGUUGAAGGGUGUGAUUUUUUGAAAUUUUGUAAAUUUUAUAGACAUUACAUGAUGUUGAUAUUGAGCUGUACAGACGAAAUUAAAUUGUAUAAUAUACCACGUUAACGAUUGUAAUUACAAACACAGCAGUUGCAGAGUGUGGAUGAGUUACUGUUUUCCUCAA